CCUCAGUCCUCCCAGUCCUCUGAAGAUGAAGGUUCUUCUUCUGCUGCUCAGCCUCUGCUUCGCUUCAGGUUCUCCCGAGCCUCCAUGGAUCCGGCUGAACUCCCAGGUUCUGCCCAACAGAACCGACCUGGUUCUGGAGGUCGGUUCUGUCUUCAGCCUCGGCUGCCAUGGCAACCUGUCGUCCCGCCUAUCGACCACAUCGUUCACCUGGCUGUACAAGGACCAGGUGCCCAACCCAAUACAGGUGAACAGUACAACCCCCAAAGACACUGGGACGUACACCUGCAGGUACACCAACCAGAGCCUGGAACACCUGCACACCUGGAUACACCUGUACGUCAAAGACCCGGCUAACCCCUCCAGUGUUUUCGUGACGUUGCGUUAUAACAUCUUUGACGUCCAGGAGGGCGAGGACUUCCUAUUCAGGUGUAUGCUGACCGACCCCUCCUUCACUAACCUCACUCUCCAAUCAGAGGACAGCUCAGGCUCCAGGGGGCGGGGCUUGCCGCUGGGCAUGAAUGUGACUCUGGACCCCCGGAGAGGAGCCGUUAUCCGGAAGGUUCAGAGGUCGUUCAGAGGUCAAUACUCCUGCUCAGGGAGGAAGGGGGGGGCGGAGUUCAGAUCCAGAGCUAUGAGCCUGGAGGUGCAUCCCAGUCUGCGUCACCCCCCCUCCCUGUCUGUCAGUCAGCAGGUGUGUGUGCGUCUAAAGGGGGAGGAGUUUGAGGUCACUUGUCAGACCAGUAACCCCUCCCACUUCCUCACCCUCACCUGGACCCCCCCGCACUCAGAGACUCUGAACGUCAGGGAGACUCAGCACUACAACCACCAGCUGUUCAUCAGCAGCACUCUGACGCUGUCACCUGUCCGUCAAACUCACAGCGGAACCUACAUAUGCACCGCCCGCAACGAGGCGGGGGCCGCGUCCGCAGAGACACUCCUCACCGUACUGGAUGCUCCGUACCUGCGAAUCUACCUGCAGCCGCUGAAGCAAGCUAAUGCUAACACCAACACCUUAGAGUUCAAUGAGGACUCAGCUGUAAACGUUAGCAGCAUGCUAAUGAGGGAGCAAGGAGAGCUAGAAGCUAACAUUAGCAGCGGUCCACUAGUAGUGAACAAGGAAUUAACUGCUAACGUUAGCGCCAAAAUAAUGGAAGUGAAUGGGAGCAGCAGUGCUAACACUAGCGGCAGCAGCACGGUGGAGGUGUACGAAGGGCGAGACGUGAUGCUGACCUUUGUGAUGGAGGCAUAUCCUCCAAUCAGGAACCAGCACUGGACCACAACAACACUCACCAACAUCAACAACGACGUCACGGGGUACAAGGGGAGCCACGGUGCUGACGGCUACAGGUCGGAGGCUAGCUUGUUGCUGCGCCGCGUUCGCCCAGAGGACGGCGGUCAGUAUUCGUUCCACUUUGAGAACUCGUUCUUUAACGGCUCGCAGAACAUCGACCUCCAGAUUUACCGUUCUCCGAGGGUCUCCGUCAGGCAGGAGAACGGAUCGCUGACCUGCAGCAGCUCCGGAUAUCCAUUACCCACAAUCCUCUGGUCCACCUGCGCCGGGCUGCAGGACAGCUGUGGAGACAUUUCUACCAAUCAGGAGUCAGCAGCGAAUGUGACCUCACAGGAAGAGGAAGUGAGGCUGACCCUGGGGACGCCUGCUGAUGAUGUCACCGCAGAGUGUGUGGCCUACAACAAAGUGGGCUUGUCCCGCCAGGCCCUCCACCUGCACGCUGCAGCAGUAAUAUUUUCUCCGGCUCUGAUUGGCUGUCUGAGUUGUGCCGCCGUCCUCCUGCUGCUCCUAUUGGUCAUUUCCUACAAGUUGAGACAAAAGCCGCGGUACGAGGUGCGUUGGAAGAUCAUAGAAAGUUCUGACGGGAACAACUACACCUUCUUUGACCCCGCUCAGCUGCCGUACAACAGGAAGUGGGAGUUUCCCCGGGACCGCCUGCGCCUCGGUGCUGUUCUGGGCUCAGGAGCGUUUGGGAAGGUUGUCAUGGCGACGGCGUAUGGCCUCGGCAACGACAGCAUGACGACCGUCGCCGUGAAGAUGCUGAAGCCGAGCGCUCACUCUGUGGAACGAGAGGCUCUGAUGUCGGAGCUGAAGAUCCUCGGACACCUUGGUUACCAUGACAACAUCGUGAACCUGCUGGGCGCCUGUACACUGGGAGGGCCCAUGCUGAUGAUCACUGAAUACUGUAGCCAUGGCGACCUGCUGAACUUCCUGCGGGCUCACGCUCACCACUUCCUGUCAGAACUGAGCGUCGACGAGAAGUCGGGAGACGCUUUCUAUAAAAACACAGCUGGAGGAAGGCUUCGCAGUGACAGUGGGAUCUCCUGCUGCUCUGAGUACCAGGAGAUGCUGACUCCAGGUCAGAAACUAACAGGUGUGCAGACAGACAGCGUCUCUGUCGGUGACCUCAUCAGGUUUUCCUACCAAGUGUCUCAGGGUCUGGACUUCCUGUCCAGCAGAAACUGUAUCCACAGAGACGUAGCAGCGAGGAACGUCCUGCUGACGGACCGUCGUGUUGCAAAGAUCUGUGACUUCGGAUUGGCCCGAGAUAUCCGCAACGAUGACAGCUACAUAGUGCAGGGCAACGCGCGGCUCCCGGUGAAAUGGAUGUCUCCGGAGAGCAUCUUCGGCUGCGUCUACACGGUUCAGAGCGACGUCUGGUCCUACGGCGUCUUCCUGUGGGAGACCUUCUCUCUGGGUAAGAGCCCGUACCCAAACGUUGCCGUGGAUACCAACUUCUACAAGAUGAUCCAAGAUGGCCGCCACAUGGAGCAGCCAGACUUCGCUCCGGCAGAAAUGUAUCAGCUGAUGACGUGCUGCUGGAGUCUGGAGCCCACGGACAGACCGACCUUUAACAUGAUUGGUCAGCUCAUUAACAGGCUCCUCCCAUCGUCCAAUGAGACGUCGCCACAUGACAGCGAGAAGUCGACGUACAGAAACAUAAACGAGUGCAAAGAAGAAGAAGAGGAGGAAGAGGAGGAAGAGGAGGAGGUCCGAUUGAAAAGAGGAGAAGAAGAAGAGCGAGGGCACCAUGGCGACGGCGAGGAGGAGGAGCCAAUGAUGCAAAACAUCUACCAGCUGUCCUGAUCAGGCAGCCAAUCAGAGCGUGACCCCGCCCCUAUUCAAAUCUGAACCUUUAUUCAGGAAACAGAGAUUAAUAAAAACAACAAAAGUUAUAAAAGUCUUAAACUCAACUUUUACUGAUUUAUUGUCAAUAGUUUGAUUUAAAUAAAGUUGUUGUAAUCUUCCUUAAUGAGAUGUUUCUCUGUGACUUUAUAUUUUUACAGUUUAUCAUUAAAAUCUGUGAUUGUUUUUUAAUCAUUUUACAUUUAAUGUGUAAUCAUUAGAACUCCUGUAAUAAUCAGCAUGUUAAGAUCAUUAAAGGGUUUAAAAU